GUGCAAUAUGUUUAAAAUAUACUUGAUGUAAACAAACUGCCACUAUUCAGCAAUGAAUCAAGUGAAUAAUGAUAAUUCGAUGUGUAUUAAUAACAACACUGAGUUAAAUUACUCUUCUGGGGAAGGUUUUCCUCGACGGAGGCAGUAAGCGACCGCUGGAGAAGCGACUGCCGGCUGCGCGUGCCAGUGACUAAAGUUGUAUCCUGUGUGGCUCCGCAGUGCGCGUGUGUGCUCGACGGGAACUGCAAAGCCGCAGCAGCGACCGUCGUUUCAUCGCCAGCACCGAGUGUAUCCGAGCCACUGGCCGACCGGACCACCCAGGAAUACAAAACAAGCCCGUCAACUCUCUGGACCACGGUUGUUUUUUUUAGAGCUAACAAAAAUAAGGCAGAAGCUAAGUAGCUAACCUGAAAUGGCGACGGCUAUAUACCUUGAGCAUUACCUUGACAGUAUUGAAAACCUACCAUGUGAGCUGCAGAGAAACUUCACUCUGAUGCGAGACCUGGACAACAGGACUGAAGAAAAGAAAGGAGAGAUCGACCAGCUGGCUGAAGAGUACGUUGUGAAAGUGAAGAACUUUGCGUCGGAGCAGAGAGUGGAACAUCUGCAGAAGAUCCAGAACGCCUACAGCAAGUGCAAAGAGUUCAGCGAUGACAAAGUUCAGCUGGCAAUGCAGACGUACGAAAUGGUGGACAAACACAUCCGCAGACUGGACGCGGAUCUCGCUCGCUUUGAGAACGAGCUGAAGGAGAAGCUGGAACUGAGCGGCUACGAAAGUACGGAAGGGAGAAGCGUGAAAAAGCCAGAGACCCGCGGCCUGAGAGACAAACGAGCCUCCAGAGGAAGAGCAAAGAAGGCUUCUGAUGAAGAUUCCCCCAAGAAGAAAAAGAUCAAAAACAGCCCCGAGCUGAGCGACGCCCUCCUGCCGAUGCAGCCCUCCGACGUGUUGGACAUGCCGGUGGAUCCCAACGAGCCGACGUACUGCCUCUGCCACCAGGUGUCCUACGGGGAGAUGAUCGGAUGCGAUAACCCCGACUGUACGAUCGAGUGGUUUCACUUCGCUUGUGUCGAUCUCGCCUCAAAACCCAAAGGAAAAUGGUUUUGUCCGCGCUGCACCCAAGACAAGAAGAAGAAAUGAGACGUCCUGCCUUCAGAGAUCCAUCAAGAGUAACUCGCUUAUUUUCAACUUUCUCACGUUUUUGUCUCCAAGUGACCGAAACCAAAAAAAAACGUCUUCACUUUAGUGCAGAGAUAUUAAGUGAGGACUAUUUGUUACUCGGACCUUCAUCAUUUUACCAAGAGACAAACAGGAAAACAAGCAUCACGCUGCAGCCAGCCGCCGCUAAACAUGCAGACAAGAAUCCUCAGCGUCAACGUGUCUGAGGACGUCAUGGAAGGAACCAGAGACCCGUCCUCCGCGUGUAGCUCUGUGUUCAUAUCAAAUGUCUUGCACACUUAUAACUCCACACGUAGAAGAUGUCAACAAUGUGGACGACGCCUGAACGUCUCGUGAGAUUUCGGAGCGAGACUUUGUUCCACGUAACGAACCAGGAGAGACUUUCAUCUCCGUGGGUCAUUUCCUUCAUGGUGACAGAUGUUAAUAACGACACUGUCUGCAUAACUCUACGUUUGCUCCAGAAGGCUUCUCUACAUCGACGCUGGUUUCAAAAUGUCUUUUAUGUCCACAAUAAUCUGAGACAAAGACAUGAAAAUAAGAUCCAAGUUAGAAAAUACCGGUGUUGCUCUUUGACUAAGUGUGUGUGUGUGUGUGUGUGUGUUCAUGUCUCCACGCGCUCAGCGGGUCAUUCUGCACCGCGAGGCCGUUACCUUUCCGACCAAUCAGAACGUCCGUCCUCCAAUCUAGUGUAAAUAUUCUGAUCAUUAACAAAGUCACAUAUCUCGAUCGUGGCUCAUCGGACUUGAGCUUUUCUAAAGGAAUGAACAGCCUGCUGAAACAUUUACCAUUUUAAAAAAUAUUAAAAUAAAUGAUCUAUACGAUUUUCA